AUGUCGUGUCCCCACUGCGUCCGCGGCUUUCCCCUUCCGGGCGAGCCCAAGGGUGUCCUGCGAAAUGACCUGAUGUUGGAUGCGUAUCUUGCGUCCCCAAACGCACCUUCAGAACAAUGGACGCCUUCCCACCGCGCCGUCGUGCUCUUGACCGACAUCUUCGGCCUCAACCUCCCUAACCCGAAGUUAUUAGCCGACCGGUUCUCCCAAGAGCUUGGGUGCGACGUAGUGGGUCCCCAAUUUCUUCGACCCUAUUGCUGGGGUGGAAGCCGGCUCUACCAUAUCGCGCAAACCCACGCUAUCGAGAGCGCCGUCAUCGUUCAUCCCGGCGGCUAUAAGGAUGAGCAGCUCAAAGCUAUCCGCGUGCCCAAGCAAAUCGACAAUGCCGAGGCAAUCUUCGCCUCGCGCAAGGGGAAGGACGAUUUCAUGGAGUACGAGUUCAAGGUGUAUCCUGGCACCGCGCACGGCUUCGCCGCGCGACCGAAUCUAGCGCUUCCUGCAGUCAAGGAGGGAUUCGAGCGUGCUUUUGAGCAGGCAGUCAACUGGUUCAAAAAGACUCUUUAG